GACCAUUGUUCCUUUGUUGUUGUGCGAAAAUGGUGAAAUUUUACGAGCCUUUUGACCACCUUGAGGAAAAAAUUGCGCAAAAUUUCGGUCGAACGAAAAAAAUGUUCGCCGAUGAUUGCUUAACAAUACAACAGUGGAUGAAAAAUCAGCCACAUUUGCCAGAAGUUAUGGACAUUAACUGCAUUAAAAAUUUCCUGAUUUAUAAUAAAUGUAGCGUGGAAAUUACCAAACAAAAAAUUGAUUUGUACUACACUGUGUUGCCAAAAAUGUUGGCACUGUUUGAAAAUGUCAAACCUAGACUCUCCAGUACGAGAAAAUUUAUGGACUCAACGUACUUUUUGCCUUUGCCAAAACUGACUCCUGAUUUGAGCCGCGUUUACAUUUUCAAAAUAAGAGACCUUAAUUUGAGCCUAGAAACUUCACCGUAUGAGAUGUCCGCUCAUAUAAUUUUUCACAACGAAAUAGCGCAUCAUGAAAGCCUUCACUUGAACCUAACUUACAUUGUUGAUUGCUCAGACUUUAGCCCUGAGCACUUUAGAAACUUUGUCCCUGGACUUUUCCAAAAAAUGGUGCUGUUUUAUAAAAAAACUUUAAAAAUUAAGGUGAACGCGAUUUACAUUGUGAACGCAAACGCAAUCGCGCUUGGAGUUUUCGAAGUUUGCAAGGUUUUCCUUGGCCCAAAAAUAGUAAAAAAAGUGAGCUUGUGCAAAGAUUUGAGCCAAGUAAUCCCAAAAAACGUGCUCCCGCUUGACUACGGAGGAGAGGAGAAAUCACUUGAACAAAUCAACAAUAUGCUAAAAGUCAAAUUUCUGGAAUAUCAGGACCGGUUCGACCAAAUCCACGCCAUGAAAGUCGCUGAGGAUUUGCGCCCUUUUAAGCUGGAAAACGACGAUUUUUUGGGUUUUUACGGCAACUUCAAAAAACUAGAGCUGGACUGACCUAAGGGCCAGAACCCUCAAUGGGGCCCCCGUCCCGUCCUUGAUUUUCAUGGGCAAGGCAACAAUUGUAAAACCUUUAACUUUGCAAAACUAUUAAAAAAAUCCCGAUUUAUUUAAUCACCUA